UGUUUAGGUAGGUAUCUAUGAAAGAACACAGCGGUUUGACAAAAAAAAUCCCCCUCAAAAUAAUCCCCUACAAAACUAGAAAGCUACAUAAUCAUUUGCCGCUCCGAGUUGGUGCAAGAUAUCUAUUGACACUCCGCAAACGCUGGUUUGUUUAUUCUGUGCGGCAGAUAUCAAAACAAACUUCUUCGCACGUUUACCAAGCAGAGAAGGAACACGGAAACGGCAAGCUUAUUUCCGUAUAGUUUUAAGCCGUGUUUGUAGCAAGAUGAGUUCACAAAAUCGUGGCAAUGUUACAAUUGUAGGAGGAGGACCGGUGGGAGCAUUACAAGCAUGUUUGUUGUCACGUAGGGGAUACCAUGUUGAUUUGCAUGAGGCCAGGAAAGAUAUUCGGAGAACUGAUUUUGCUGCUGGUCGUAGUAUUAACCUUGCUCUCUCAUAUCGAGGAAUACAAUCGUUGAAACGAGCUGGUUUAGAUGAGAAGAUUAAAAGCCUUGGUAUAGCAAUGCACAGUCGAAUGAUUCAUCCAUUAAAUAAACCAUGUUAUAAAAUACCAUAUGGAAGAAAAGGACAGUAUCUCCUUUCUAUUGAUCGUUUAAAGCUAAACCAAGAUCUUUUAACUGCUGCCGAAAAAAUGGACAACAUUGAUUUGCACUUCAGUUCAAAACUUGUCUCCUGUGACGUAGACACUGCAACAGCAACAUUUAAAACGGAAAAUGAAGGAAAUAUUGAUGAAACAUCACAAGUGUUAUUCGGGUGUGAUGGUGCAUACUCUGCUGUUCGUAGGCAGCUACAAAGAGGGUUGUUCGACUACGCACAAGUCUAUAUUCCUCAUGGUUAUAAAGAACUCUGCAUACCACCCACUUGUGAUGGAGAAUAUGCCAUGCCACCCAACCACCUGCACAUCUGGCCAAGGCACACGUUCAUGCUUAUAGCUCUGCCUAAUCUGGAUAAAUCCUUCACAUGUACUCUGUUCAUGCCAAUUACUAAGUUUGAAACACUUAAAACUGGAGAUGAUGUUAUGGAUUUAUUUAUGCGAGUGUUUCCAGACAGCGUGCCACUUAUUGGAGAAGAAUUUCUGAAAAAAGAUUUUUUCAAACUCCCACCACUUCCUAUUAUUACAGUGAAGUGUUCUCCAUACCAUUACAAGAACAAGGUAGCUCUACUAGGCGACGCAGCUCAUUCUAUGACUCCAUUUUUUGGCCAAGGUUUAAACUCUGGUUUGGAAGACACUCUUCUCUUUGAUGAGCUGAUGGAAAAAUAUGAUUGUGAUUUUGAUAAGGUAUUACCUAUGUAUUCUGAAAUUCGGUGCCCUGAUGGUCAUGCGAUAUCUGACCUCUCCCACAAGAACUACAUUGAGAUGAGAGACAGUGUAACAUCAUUUUGGUUUCUGUUCCGUAAAAAAGUGGAUACAAUUCUGCACUUUUUAUUCCCUUCAUUGAUUGUCCCAAAAUAUUCAAUGGUUGCCUUUACUAGAACCAGAUAUAGCAAAGUGAUCACAGAUUCAGAAAAGAAUACAAAAAUCAUAAAUGUUUCACUGAUCGGUUCAUUUGCUGUUCUUGUUGGUUUUGUCAUCUCUGCUUACUGGAGAACUCAAAAAGGAGAAUCUAUAAUUCCGGAAAUAUUCUUUACUGCCUGGCGAAGCCUGAGUAGCACAACAGCCUGUUUUCGAAAUAAUUUUUUGUAAAAAGUAGCACUUUUUAAGCAAAAUCACAUUAUGUGUUUUAAGGGUGAUAUUGUAUCAUUGUAGUAAAUAUGCAAGCAAUCAUAUUUUAAAUGAAAUAGCAAUAAUCUUUACAUUUAGCCUACUUUACCUAUAGUUUUAGUGGGUAAUGUUUUUUUGUUUUUUAUGUGAUGUACAUGCGUGUAUAAGUAUACCUUUAAUCAAACAAAUCAUUUCCUUUCUUCAAUGUUUUAAUGGGUGUAUUUUGUAUUCAGUGUAUAGCACAGUCUCUAUAUAAACAUGUUUGUAAACUUUAUAUACAGACUCUUAGUAUACUGUAUUUAGAGGCAUUUAGCAUGUGUCACAUACAAUGUGGAUGUAAUUAGAUACGUUGCAUGGUGAAACGGUGACUGUAUUUGUAAUAU